GCUAGAACCUAUUUGUCUGUCAGUCCAUUGUGAGUGGGAAUUUGAUGUAGUGAAGAACAGAAACUAUUAUUCAUCAAAGAAGGAAAAAAAGAAAAAGAGGGCAGAGAAAUUAUUCUCUGUUUUGUAGCAUUUGCCCAGGUGGUGCCUCAGUGUGUGUGUAGCAUUUCUCAGCUUUCAUUACUAGAGAAUUGGAUGCCCUUUUCUAGUUAUUGAUUUCUCCAUUUUUUUAUUUUUUGUGUCAGAAUUUGAGCUAUGGAUAAUUGCCUUCCUGAUUGGAACACUGACCUUGGAGUUGAAAUCCCUUCGCCUAUUCAGAGAAAAUCUUUGGGAUUAGACAGCGAGCUGGUGGAGCUCUUGUGGCAGAACGGAGAGGUAGUUUUGCACAGCCAAACCAAUAGAAAACAAAGCUUUGAUCCCACUAAGUCCAAGCAAGUUCAUAAGCCUGACCAGUUGACAAGUCGAGCCAGUGAGAAUCCAAAUAAUUUGAUUCAAGAUGAUGAGACGGUGUCAUGGAUCAAUUGCGCAAUUGAUGAAUCCUUUGAGAAAGAGUUUUGUGCUAACUUUUUGCCGGAAAUUCCAUCGUCUAUUCCUAUUGAGGCCAACAAGCUCCCCGAAAAAUAUGAUGGUGAAAAGGUUUCCAAAUUUGGUGCAUCAAAUGUUAACAAUAUUUCCCCUGGCCAACAACGGAUCGAUUUUGCUCGACCACCUCCAAGAUUUGGGACCUGUGAUGUAGCCCAUCAGCGAAAGAACUUAGGAGGUAUCCGGAAACAGGGUGAUCUUCAGCUGCCUGUCAAAAAUCAGGCAUGUUCGGUUAUGACAAUAGGGUCUAGCCAUUGUUCCAGCAACCAAGUUGUAAAUGAGGUGGAUAUGACUUGGGCAUCUAGCUGUGGGAUCGGUAGCAGAGACAUUUCUGCAUGGACAGAUGAGAAUUAUGGUCGGAAAGUAAGCCCUCCAUGCGAAAGCACUGAAAGAGAGACACUUGGACAAGCUAUUACAUCUUCGUCCGGGGGAUCAGGUAGUAGUUUUUGGAAAACCAGCAGUCAAUCUAAUGACACCAAUAGGAACAAACGGAAAAGUAGGGAUGUUGAAGAAUCCGAAUGUCAGUCUGAUGCUACUGAAUUGGAAUCAGCUGCGGGAAAUAAGUCGUCCAAGAAAUCUGGAACUACUCGUAGGAACCGUGUAGCUGAAAUGCAUAACCUAUCCGAGAGGAGACGAAGGGAUAGGAUCAAUGAGAAGAUGAGGGCGCUACAGGAGCUUAUCCCUCACUCCAACAAGUCAGAUAAGGCAUCCAUGUUGGACGAGGCAAUCGAAUACAUGAAGUCCUUGCAAAUGCAACUUCAGUGGAUGUGGAUGGGAAGUGGGAUGGCGACAAUGAUGCUUCCAGGCAUGCAGCACUAUAUGUCCCGCUAUGGAAUGAGGAUGGGACCGCCAAUGCUUCCGGCAAUCCAAAACUUCAUGCGUGUAUCGAGGUUGCCGCUCGUCGAUCAAGCCAUGAGUAUAGCUCCCACUGCGAACCAAGCAUCGAUCAGCCACAGUCCAGUUAAUUAUCAGAAUCAAAUGCAAAAUGCAGUUUUCCCAGAGCAAUAUGCUAAUUACAUGGGCUUCCACUCGAUGUCAAAUACAUCACAGGCAAUGAACAUGUUCAACUACGGUUCCCAUUCCGCACAACAGAUUCAGGCAUUAGCACCACCGGGCAACGGCAAUGGAUCUACUGCAUGAAAUGCAUUUGGCUGAUAAUGCGGCAAAUCAGCAGCAAGGACAACGAGCACGUUGAACAUGUAUUUACUGAAUGUUUGAGGUCUGAGCUGCUUGAAAGAUACGGCCCUCAAAAUGUCCGAGUCCAGCUGAUCAUAAGCAAUGGUGUUUACGGAUGAAGAGCUCCAUAUAUUGAAGGAUACUUAUACUUGCACGCAUACAUACGAAGGUACUUAAUGAAUUAUACCGUGCUUGCUACUGAAUUUAUAUCGAGAUCAUGUGCUCGACUGUGCUUUUCUGAGUUCUCUUUUCACUGAAUGACAGUUAAUACAGCAUAGAUGAGAUAUGUCGAGUUUGUUGGAACCUUAUGUACUUGCUAUACUGCAAUGCAAUGGAAGUUGUAUAUUUCUCAAAAGUUUAUAUGUGAAUCAGUUGAUAUACAGAAGUUUGGCAUCUCUAUGAGUU